CGUCAUUGUUCGUUGAUAUUUCAAACUUGAGUAGCUUAGAUUUGAACGAAGAACGUUCCUUAAACGGUUGAGAGAUUGUUUUUGGUCAAUAUACUUUUUCCUUCAAAGGCGUGUGGGACUGCUUUUAAGUUGCUACGGGAGACGUGAAGGCAGAAUCAGUCAAACAUGGCUCAAUUUGGAUUCGAGAACGACAUUCACAGCAUUCUGAAGUUGGAUAUGCCAAUCACAAACGCACCCAUGGCGAGGUGGCAGAGAAAAGCCAGUUCGUCAGUGUUGGCCAGCAGUGCUAACCCAAGCGCACGAUCACCUGGAAAAAACGGAAAUAAGUCUCUUAGUAUGUCAAAGACGCCAAGUAAAACACCAGGAAAAAAUGGAAAGACACAGUGCACACCUUCCAAGGCGGGUGGUGAUCGUUUUAUUCCCAUCAGAAAUAACAAACAGAUGGAUGUGGCAAGCUUCCUGCUCUCAAAGGAAAACGAGCCAAUGGACACCAACCCCUCCACAGUAUCAUUAGAGUGCCAGAAGGCCUGGUCUGUCACACUUAAUGGAUGUAAUCUUGAGGAGGCAAAGAUCUUGCAUCUUGGAGGAAAACCCUUGAAUGCUCCUGAAGGUUACCAGAAUAACCUGAAAGUCCUCUACAGUCAUGUUCCUACUCCAGUCUCAACCAAAAAGACCAGAUACAUAUCAUCUGUCCCUGACAGAAUCCUAGAUGCUCCUGACCUCCGAAAUGAUUUCUAUCUGAACUUGCUAGACUGGAGUCGUGAGAACCUACUAGCGGUUGCGCUUCACGACAGUGUGUACCUGUGGGAUGCCACCCAGGGUGACAUUGUGCUGCUGAUGAAGAUGGAGCGAGAGGAAGACUAUAUCUGCUCUGUGUCUUGGAUCAAAGAGGGGAACUACCUGGCCAUUGGUGGCAGUGACUGCAAAGUUCAGUUGUGGGAUGUGGAAACCCAGAAGCGUCUUCGGGCCAUGGCCAGCCACACUGCCCGUGUAGGCAGCCUGAGCUGGAACAAUCACAUCCUGUCCAGUGGCUCCCGAUCAGGGUAUAUCCACCAUCAUGACGUGAGGGUGGCCAACCACCAUGUCUCCACCUUGUCUGGGCACUCUCAGGAGGUGUGUGGGCUGAAGUGGUCCCCUGACGGAAGGUACCUUGCCAGUGGAGGCAAUGACAACCUGGUGUACAUCUGGCCAGGUGUGCAGGAGGGCAGUGGCCGAGGUGGCAAUGCUGUCCAUGUCUUCAGUGAACACCAAGGAGCAGUCAAGGCUUUGGCCUGGUGUCCGUGGCAGCCCAACAUUCUUGCGUCUGGAGGUGGCACCAGUGACCGGCACAUCCGCAUCUGGAAUAUCAACAGUGGCUCUUGCAUCACUGCUUUGGACAGUCAGUCUCAGGUCUCCUCUUUGGCGUUUGCUCCGAACUACAAGGAGUUGGUGUCCAGCCAUGGAUAUGCACAUGACAACAUAGUAAUAAGGAAGUACCCCUCCUUGACUAAAGUAGCAGAGCUCAAUGGUCAUGAGGGCAGGGUCUUGAACCUAACCAUGAGUCCAGACUUCUCGACAAUGGCCACUGUAGCGGCUGAUGAAACUGUCCGCCUGUGGAAGAGCUUUGAGCUCGAUCCAGUCAAGAAGAAGGCCAAAGACAGGAUGGUAAAGUCUACUGGCAGCAUCAUCCACCAAUCUAUUCGAUAAUACUACUGUAUAUUGUUUUGAAGUUGUUGGCUCAAUUCCACUCUGCAGUUAUGUUAAGUUAUGUUUGAAAUUUUUAUUCAUUGUAAAAUAAAGAUGUUCAUUUUUA